AUGGCUUCCCCAGCCAUUCCAUGGAACCUGAAGCUUCUCUUCUACGUCAUGUGUGCAGUAGCGGACUUCUCCGUUCGGAAAGACGGCACGAUCAACCGCCGCCUCCUCGAGUUCUUGGAGUUCAUGGCUCCGGCGAACCACCGGCCGGUGAAAGGCGUCUCCACUGCUGAUUUCACCGUCGACGAGCGCACGGGUCUCUGGUUACGUCUUUUCAGCCCGGCAGGAGUCUCCGCCGGAGAGAAGCUCCCGGUCGUAGUCUUCUUCCACGGCGGAGGGUUCGUCUACCUCAAGGCCAACUCCAGGCACUACGACGCCGUCUGCCGGCGGUUCGCGCGGAGGCUCCGAGCCUUCAUCGUCUCCGUGGAUUACCGCCUCGCUCCGGAGCAUCGCUUCCCGACGGCCUACGACGACGCCGAAGCCGCGGUAAAAUGGAUCUCGAAGCCCGGGCGGUUGCCGGAAUCCGCUGACCUCCGGCGCUGCUUCCUGGCCGGCGACAGCGCCGGCGCGAACAUCGUCCACCACGUCGGGUCCCGAAUCGCCGCCACGUUGAAGUCGGAGGCACCGAAUCGCGACGACUUCCGGCAGCUAAGGAUCGCUGGCCACGUUCUGAUCCAGCCAUACUUCGGCGGAGAGGAGCGUCUGCCGUCCGAGCUCCGGCUGAGGCACGCCCCUAUCGCGGCGCUGAAGAGGACGGACAACCUCUGGCGUCUGUUCCUUCCGGAUGGUUCGGAUAGGGAUCACCCAUCGGCGAACGUCCUGGGGCCGCGUGCGCCGGACCUUGCGGGGCUGGGUCUCCCUCGGAGCCUCGUUGUCAUCGGUGGAUUCGACCAGCUGCAGGACAGGCAGAGGCUCUACUACGAGAGGCUGAGGAAGGCCGGGGUGGAGGCGAGGCUCGUUGAGUACCCGAAGGUCGUCCACGCCUUCUACCUUUUCCCGCAGUUCCCGGAAUCCCGCGAACUCUUGUCGGAGAUCAAGUCCUUCAUGGAGGAGCACCAGUUGCAGUGA